AUGCGCAAGAUGACCCAGCUCUACGAUACGAUCAUCCUCGGGGCAGGCUGGUCAGGCGCCGUCGCAGCGCAAAGUCUCGCGGGGAAGGGUCACAAGGUGCUCGUUUUAGAGGCUAGGGACAGGGUUGGAGGUCGGGCUCAAACUUGGGUUGGGGGCGGCGCUAAGGUUGAUGUGGGAUGUAGCUGGAUACAUGGGUAUCGGGAGGGGAACCCUACGAGGGGGAUCGCCAAAAGUCUGGGUGUGGAUGCGCAUUUGCCCAAACCAGCUGACGGCGUGAUCUAUGGGCCGAACGGUAUGCGGCUGCUUUCGAAAGAAGAGACAGCGUCGCUCCGUGCCAACCUAUCCGCGGCUCAGGCAUCUCUCAAAACCCCUCAUCCCGCACCUUCCCCUACUGCGUCACUCGCAUCUGGCCUCUUCGCGUCGUUAUCGCCACUCUUUAAAGGCGGCAAGCCUGCGUCCAAGCCGGAAGACACCAACCUCGCGCAGGACUUUGCGCGCAUGCUCGAGGUCCCGCUCGGCGUCAAGCUGGAGAAGGCGUCCUUGAAGUGGGCGGGAUGGGAAACGUCCACAAACUUUGCUGGAUCGGAUGCCGCCCCUGAGGGCGGGUACGAGGCCCUGGUUGGCAAGGUGCUCGCCGAUGCCAAGUCGAAGGGCGCGGAGGUCAAGCUCAGCUCCAAGGUGGAGAAGGUGGAGGACGGGUCGGAAUCGGCAACGGUCACAGCGGGUGGGUCGACCUACACCGCCCGGACUAUCCUCUCGACCAUUCCCCUCGGGGUUCUCAAGAAGCUGUCCUCGGACUUCUUCUCGCCUGCUCUACCUCCCGCACUCCAGGAGACAAUCAAGGGUACCCAUGUGGGUGUCCUCGAGAAGCUCCUCCUGCAGUACCCCUCUGCCUGGUGGCCGGAAGCCGAGAAGAUCGGAUCGUACACUUUCCUUCCUACCGGUCCCACACCGACACCCAACUCGAGCCUCCAAGAGGUCUUUGACGGAUCGACCAUCAUGUGCGCCAACUUUGCUGCACCCAGCCUCCCCGGUCCUACCCCUACUCUACUCUCGUACCUCUCCGAGACCCCGGCCACACUGUUGCUCAAGCACGACCCUAAGGACGUCGCCGAAGCGUACCAUCAGUUCCUUAUCUCCCGGUUCAAGCCGUCGACUCCUCCCCCGUCCCCGUCCAACAGCAACCUGACCAACUGGCUCACGGACGAGUACUCGCACGGGGCGACUACGACGCCAAGCAUUGUGAGCGAUGGCGAGCGGAGUCCGAUGGACUUCAAGGAGCUAGGGAGGCCGGUAUGGUCCGGUCGUCUAGGGUUUGCAGGGGAGCAUACGGACAUGGACCACAGGGGGAGCGUGGCGGGCGCGGUGGUUAGUGGGCAGAGGGAAGCGGAUCGAAUCGAUCGAUUUUUGGCUCGAUUGGAUGACGAGGCAUGA